GAUAGUCUUGACGACAUUGAAGUUUUCCAGUCUCACCACAUCUUCCAGCAACUGUACACCUCUAUUGCAAUCAUAUUACAAUCAUGGCGAUCGUUCAAAACUGGUUACCCCCAUCGAGGGAAAACUACCAGCUUGUUGUCCAUCUCUUUCAGUUCUUUCCGCUCAUAACAAUCUUGCAAUGGGUUCAGCCAUGGUAUGGGGCAGGAAAGACGUCGACUAAUAGUCGAUUUAAUAUUCCGGGGAAGAUUGCUUGGAUGACCAUGGAGCUUCCAGGACCUCUGACGCUGCUGUAUGUGAUGAGUACCUUACCUGCUCAAGUUGGUAUGGCACAAAUACCAUGGGAGAAUAAGGUCAUGGCUGGCCUUUAUAUCAUCCACUACCUUUACCGAGCGAUCCUCUUCCCAAUAAUCGCUCCUUCAAUGUCCCCAAUCCAUCCCCUCGUUUGGCUUUCUGCCUUAAGCUUCCAAAUUACCAACGGACUCUCCAUUGGGUCCUGGCUGGGAGGUCAUGGCCCAAUUUCCCGCCUCGAUUGGCAAAGUUAUGGCAACACCUAUAAAGCAGGUGGCCGAAUCGAGUUCGGGAUGUUCCUCUGGGCAUUCGGCCUGAUGGGCAACGCAUUUCACGAUGAUGAGCUCCGCGAGAUCCGCCGAGCAGCCCUUAGGAACCAAGAAGCAGCAUCCAAAGAAGCCGAGCGGAGUACGGGGAAAGGUAAGGCGGCAAAGAAGGGGGUGGAUAAAGUUUACUUGAUUCCCGAAAAUGGGCUCUUUCGCUGGAUCUUCUAUCCUCAUUACUUGUGUGAGUGGAUCGAGUGGACUGGGUUUUGGAUUGUCGGAGGAUGGGAUUGUGUCCCUGCGAGGACAUUCCUACUUAAUGAAAUCGCAGCGAUGUUGCCAAGAGCGCUGCAGGGAAAGAAGUGGUACGAAGAGCGAUUUGGCAAGGAGAAGACUGCUGGCAGAAAGGCGAUCAUACCAGGAUUCUUGUGAGUUGAAGCGGUGUCGUGUGAGGUUCUUUGAGUAGCGGGCGUUUCACGGGUAAUGAUGUUGUCGUAUGGUAACAUGGCAGUUUGAGAUUUGCAUUUCCACUUUCAUUAUUCUGCCUCCAUCAAACAGGCACUUUAUAACUAGCUCAAAUCACCAAACUUAGAACGUAAC